AUGAGCAACAACACUCUUGAUGCCAAUGAGCUCGCCAAAGCUCAUGUCCCCGAUGCAUCCAUGCAAGGUACAGCCUUCGAGAGGAACGCUGGCCGUGGAUCAAUGGAUGUCGGCAAAGUCGAGCCUCUCUACGAAGUGAGAAUCCCAGAAACGGGAGAGUACGACGAUACGCCUACUGAGGAGGACCUCAAAACUCUACGCCGUGUGUCUGGCAAGAUCAAGUGGGCCGCUUACACCGUAGCCUUUGCUGAAUUAGCGGAACGUUUCUCCUACUACGGAAGCUCCAUUUUGUACACCAACUUUGUGCAAUGGCCUUUGCCUCAAGGCUCAAGAACAGGUGCUGGUGGUCUCCAUGGUCAGCCCGGUGCACUUGGUAUGGGCCAGAGCGCAGCACAGGGCAUCAGCUUGUUCAAUCAGUUCUUUGCGUAA